CAAAAACUUGGGUUUAGUAUUAGUUUACCUUUUGUUGAAAGUGUAGGCUGAAAUAUAAUUGUAGAGGAAUAUAGGGAAAUAUGGCUACUGGAGUUUUGCCAUUUGUCCGUGGCGUUGACUUUUCUAAAAAUGAUUUCAGUAACUCUAAGUUUCCGGUUGCUAUUAAAGAGAUGAAUAGGGUACAAUGGCUAACGUUAGACAACACAAAUCUUCAUGAAAUACCUGAAGAACUUGGAAACUUAUUUAAAUUAGAACAUCUGUCUUUGAAAAGUAAUGAAUUGGAAAAGCUAUUUGGAGAAUUAACAGGACUGCCUUGCUUACGUUCGUUAAACCUUCGACACAAUCAAAUUAAAAAUAGCGGAAUUCCUCCUGAACUUUUCCGGUUAGAAGAGUUAACGACUUUGGACUUAUCACAUAAUAAGCUUAAAGAAAUUCCUGAAGGAUUAGAACGUGCUAAAAGUCUUUUAGUAUUGAAUUUAAGCAAUAAUCAAAUAGAAUCCAUUCCCACAGCUUUAUUCAUUAAUUUAACUGAUUUACUUUUUCUUGAUCUUUCAAACAAUCGUUUAGAAACAUUACCUCCGCAAACACGUCGACUCGCGAAUUUACAAACUUUAAAUUUAUCGAAUAAUCCUUUAGAAUUGUUUCAGCUUCGGCAAUUACCCUCUCUUCAAAAUCUGGAAAGUUUGAACAUGAGAAACACACAACGUACUUUAUUAAACUUCCCCACUACGUUGGAUAGUUUGUCAAAUUUAUCUGAAUUAGAUAUCUCAAAAAAUAUGUUACCAAAAAUACCAGAUUGUGUAUAUAAUUUGCCAAAUUUGAAACGCAUUAAUCUUAGUGACAACCUCAUUUCUGAAUUAAGCUGUAGUAUUGAGUUGUGGCAAAAGCUUGAAAUACUUAACUUAUCACGGAAUCAAUUAACUGCGCUACCAGCGUCUAUAUGUAAAUUAACGUAUCUUCGUCGUCUGUUUAUAAACGAUAAUCAUUUGGAUUUUGAUGGAAUUCCUUCCGGCAUAGGUAAAUUAUGUUCACUGGAGGUAUUUUCUGCUUCUAAUAAUGUGUUGGAGAUGAUACCGGAAGGUUUAUGUCGUUGCGGGGCGUUAAAAAAACUAAAUUUAAGUUCUAAUAAGCUCAUAACGUUGCCAGACGCCGUUCAUUUGCUUGAUGGCUUAGAUCAGCUGGAUUUACGAAAUAACCCUGAUUUAAUUAUGCCACCAAAACCGUGCGAAGCUGUUAAAGGGGCUGGUAUAGAGUUUUAUAACAUUGAUUUUUCUUUGCAAACUCAAUUGUUACUUGCUGGUGCUGCAUCCCCUACUUCAAUGCCGACUGGAUCUGGAGCUAAAGACUCCACUGCGCGCAAAAUACGACUUCGUCGCGGUCCUCGGGCCGAUUCUGAACAGGAUUCUGCUAAAAUAUUGAAAGGUAUGAAAGACAUAGCCAAAGAAAAAGAUGAAUCCAAAAAUUCAUUUGACAACUUACAACCUGAAUCGCUAAAGCCAAAGCGUUGGGAUGAAUCGUUGGUAAAGCCGCAUUUGGAUUAUUCAAAAUUCUUUGAAAAAGAAGACGGCCAGUUUCCUGGUCUAACCAUAUGGGAAAUAGAAAACUUUCUACCAAACAAAAUUGAAGAAGUAGCUCAUGGAAAAUUUUAUGAAGGAGAUUGUUAUAUAGUACUUAAAACUUAUUUUGAUGAAUUAGGACAAUUAGCAUGGAAAAUCUAUUUUUGGAUUGGUAAUGAAGCAACACUUGACAAGCGCGCUUGUGCUGCAAUACAUGCAGUUAAUUUACGAAAUUACUUAGGAGCUCGCUGCCGUACAAUACGUGAGGAACAAAAUGAUGAAUCUGAGGAAUUUUUGGAACUAUUUGAUACUGAAGUUACAUAUAUUGAGGGAGGUCGAACAGCAACAGGUUUUUACACAGUUGAAGAUAUGUUAUACACCAAACGUUUAUAUCGUGUGCAUGCGGCUGGUUCAUCGAUUCAUUUAGAGCCCGUAGCAUUACAUUUUGACUCCCUUGAUUCUCGAUUUGUCUUUAUGUUGGACUGUGGUAUCAAAUUAUAUAUUUGGCUUGGUUGCGCAUCAAAAAAUACAUUAAAUUCUAAAACGCGGCUAAUGGCAGAAAAAAUUAAUAAAACCGAGAGAAAAAAUAAAUGUGACAUCAUUGUAGAAACACAGGGAGAAGAAAGCGACGACUUUUGGAAAAACCUUGGCAUUGAUUCACAAGACAUAUCAGAGAAAAAAAUUCAUCAGCAUGUUCCGGAUAGUUUUGAACCGGUUAUUCCUCAUCUAUAUCAGGUUCAACUCGGCAUGGGCUAUUUGGAGCUACCCCAAGUGGAAUUAGCAAAUCAAAAAUUGGUUCAUACUUUUUUGAAUAGCAAAAAUGUUUACAUAUUAGACAGUUAUACAGAUUUGUUUGUGUGGUUUGGAAAAAAAUCGACUCGACUGGUGCGAGCAGCGGCAAUAAAGUUAUCACGAGAACUUUUUCAUAUGAUAAAUCGCCCUUCUUUCGCAUUGAUCAGUCGCUUGCAGGAAGAAACAGAGACUCAAAUAUUUAAAUCAAAAUUUGUUGGUUGGGAUGAAGUUAUGGCAGUUGAUUUCACAAGAACUGCUAAAUCUGUUGCUAAAACUGGAGCAGAUUUGACCAAAUGGGCUCGUAAGCAAGAGACUCGUGCUGAUUUAGCCGCUCUUUUUAUGCCUCGCCAAAAUGCAAUGCCGCUUAAUGAGGCUGAACAACUGGAGGAAGAUUGGAACUAUGACCUUGAAGCAAUGGAAGCCUUCGUAUUGGAAGGAAAAAAAUUUGUACGAUUGCCAGAAGAAGAGUUGGGAAAUUUCUAUAUGGGAGAGUGUUACGUAUUUUUGUGUCGCUAUUGUAUACCCGUUGACGAAGAAGACCUCGAAGUGGACCCCAUUAAACCAUCUGAUGAUGAAAUCCAAUGCGUAGUUUAUUUUUGGCAGGGGCGAAAUGCCAGCAAUAUGGGCUGGUUGACAUUUACGUUUACUCUACAAAAAAAAUUCAAGGCAAUGUUUGGAGAAGAAUUAGAAGUAGUACGCAUUCAUCAACAACAAGAAAAUUUGAAAUUCAUGGCUCAUUUUAAACGCAAGUUUAUAAUUCACAUCGGGAAGCGAAAGGAUAAAUCGAAAGAUGUAAAACCUGUUGUUGAGUUCUUUCAUUUAAGAUCAAAUGGUGGAGCAUUGUGUACUCGUCUCAUUCAAAUUCAACCUAAUGCAGCAAAUUUAAAUUCAGCCUUUUGUUAUAUUUUAUACGUACCUUUUGACAUUCAAGAUGAAGUGCAAUCGGGUAUAGUUUAUGUUUGGUUGGGUUCAAAGUCAGCACCAGAGGAAGCAAAGCUUAUACAAGAAAUCGCUGAGAAAAUGUUUAAUAAUCCAUGGGUUAGUUUACAGAUUUUAAACGAAGGAGAAGAGCCAGAGAAUUUUUUCUGGGUUGCUUUGGGUGGACGCAAAGCUUACGAAACAAAUGCUGAUUUUAUGAAUUAUACCCGGCUUUUCCGAUGUUCCAAUGAGAAAGGUUAUUUCACAGUUGCAGAAAAAUGUACUGACUUUUGUCAAGAUGAUUUGGCAGAUGAUGACAUAAUGAUAUUGGAUAAUGGUGAGCAAGUAUUCUUAUGGCUUGGAUCCAAAUGUAGUGAAGUGGAAAUAAAAUUGGCGUAUAAAUCAGCACAGGUUUACAUACAACACUUACGCAUAAAACAACCUGAAAGAUCACGAAAGCUUUUCCUCACUUUAAAAAAUAAGGAGUCUAAACGUUUUACAAAAUGUUUUCAUGGAUGGAGCAGUCAUAAAUCUCCUCCAGAGUAAUCGAUUCACUACAUUAAAGAUACAAGUGACGAACUAUUAUUAUUAAAUCUAUAUGUACGCUGUAUUCAUAUGUCAUAUAAACCAAUGGAGAAAUGAAAAUAAGAUACAAUAUGUUUUCACAUAUUUUAGUUUUGUAAUUACUACUAAUUAAAAUCAUAUGGAAUUCGUUGAAGAGA